UUUUUUUCUCUUAUUCUUCUCCCUUUCAGCCCGUGAAUCCGGGGCCCGUGACGUAAGGAGAAGACACCGGAUCUAUCAGUGUAACGGGAGGAGGGGGAGGGGACUGCGGAAGGACACGCACAUCUCGGAAGGGACGGAGAUAGCGGAGGAGAUUGAGCCCCAGCGGGGAGAUUAUCGGGGAGGAUGGUGUCCUGGAUCAUCUGCAAGGCCGUGGUGCUGGUGUUUGGCAUGUUGUACCCAGCGUAUUUCUCAUACAAGGCUGUGAGGACGAAAAAUGUGAAAGAAUAUGUUCGGUGGAUGAUGUAUUGGAUUGUUUUUGCCCUCUACACUGUCACAGAAGCAAUAGCUGAUCUAACAUUAUCCUGGUUUCCAUUGUAUUAUGAACUGAAGAUAGCCUUCGUUGUUUGGUUACUGUCUCCCUACACAAGAGGUGCAAGUCUACUGUAUAGAAAGUUCCUUCAUCCCCUACUUUCAUCAAAAGAAAAGGAGAUUGAUGACUAUAUUGUGCAAGCCAAGGAAAAGGGCUAUGAGACGAUGGUGCACUUUGGCAAGCAAGGGUUGAAUUUAGCUGCUAACGCUGCGGUGACUGCUGCUGUAAAGGGCCAAGGCGCUAUUACGGAGAGGCUACGUAGUUUCAGUAUGCAUGACCUGACUGCUGUUCAGGGAGAUGAGACUUCAGAGAACCGGCCUUUCGCAACUUUCCCUGAUGGCCAGAAGAAAGCGAGAGCGUCUGUCAGUGAUUCUUCCGGUUUCGGCUCUUUAAGGAAAGAUUCUGGUGACGACAAUACAGACGAAGAUGUGGAAGUGAAUUCAGAGGACGAGGUGUACACACAGAAGGGGCUUCGAAGGUCACAGAGUAUGCGAUCUGUAAAGGUCAUAAAGGGCCGCAAAGAGAUACGGUACGCAUCUCUCAAGCACAAACCAAAGAAGAGACCUCAGCUUUAUUUUCGAGAGGACACGGCUCACCACCUCUGACUAAUCACUGUGCUGCAGUGAUCAACACGUCAUGAAAUAGUCUACAUUUUACCAGCAUUAAUAUUGAGAAAAGUCGGCUGAAAAUUUGUGUCCGAUAAGAAUCUAGUAGUGUUAUUUUAUUUUUUUAUUUAUGUGGCUAAGAAACUAUCAACCUGUACCUCUCCAUGGGUUGCUGUAAUAGAACUCCUGCCAUCCAUGUGGCUGCAGCUCAGCAGCAAUAAGUUAGCUCAUUAUCAGGGCUAGUUUAUGGAUAUUCUAGAGCACUCUCUUCCUUUUAUAACUAGAAUGAUUUUCACUGCCUGAUCCUCUUGAACACAAGCCUUAAAGCCUUCAUUUUGGGUGGACUAUAACUGGUAAAUAAAGUGGCCAACCAUAGACCUUUGACACACAGAAGCGCUUUUAUUACCAAACGAUAAGUGCCUGAUUGGCCACCACAUUCCUACCAGUGGUAGUGAUUUGUUUUGGCUAGUGGUGUGUUGAUUAAAGCUACAAAUAUUGACAGAACACCCUGUAUGCCACAAACCAAGAGGGUGCCUAGCUACCAUGAUCUUAAAGGACCAAUGUACCCUCAGAAUUUGUGCUGGGUACAGCGGAGUGCCUGCAUUGGCAUACAUUCAUUCUAUAUUGCUGUAAAGACAAUAGGCAAACACCCAAGCCAAUGACCCUGCUAUGGAGAGUUAUAUUUAGAGUCCUGUUAACUCACUGUGCACCAGCUGAUGUCUUACCACCCCCUCUUGAUCAUUGGGCAACAUCCCAUGUUUUUUUCUAAACAAACAGAUCUUAAUAUUUCCAUUGGGCAAAUCCAUAGGGAAAAAUAAGGCCAUAUAAUUCAAGUACACUAUAAGAUCAUCUUAUUGGUAAGGGUGCCAGAUGAUUGGAUCUUUAACCUAUUUGGCUGCCAAUACGGUGGGCUUAAUUAAGAGGAUCAUAGUCGAAGCCUAAGGAGACGAGUUAGAAGAGGGCUCUUUAAACGGAAGAUGGUGUCCUUUCCUAACUGGAUUUUAUAUGUUGUCCAUUUCCACAAGAUAUUGGUCAGGCAGAUCAUUAGGAGGACCCCAAUAAACUACCGACUUGAUCUAGGGGGCUGAGUUGGCACCUUUUAUCAGCCCGUGUAUGGCCAUCUUUAGUUUAUAUUAAGGCUGACUCUUUCAGUGAAGACUUGCAUUUUUCUAUAGUUCCAAGGACCAUCUCAAAUCUUGAUGCAACUAUUUUUUAUAUCUUGAAUGAACUUUUAUCUUUUGUGUUAUAUGGAGUCCUCCUAUAAUAUGCUGAAGGCGGUUUCAGUAGUCGGAGGAGUGUGUUCAUCAGUGUUUUUAAUCACUAAUCUUGAGUGUGUCAACACAUGAUCAACUUAUAUAGAACCUGUAUAUUUUUUAACAAGGCAGGAGUGUCUUGAAAUGCUGGAUACCUCUUGUAUUAUCUUUUUAUCUUAUUAACACUACGGAAAAGUUCCCAUUGGGAACAUUGAGUUUUUUCUCAGUCUUCAAUCUGAGCAGAUAAUUGGCUGAUAACUAACAUUUGUGCUCUAUACAGAAAAACUUGGGAAAAAAAGAAAUACAUUUUCUUGAUAUAUACCAAAAAUAGUAGACAAGAUUAGAAUUUUUUUUCAGAAACAUUUAUUACCAUUUAUUAACAAAUAGGUUUGCAAUUGUUUAGGUUACCAAAUUCGUUUUUUCAUUUUUAAUUUAAAGUCUUUCCCUUUGGUGCCUUUUUGUAUUUAUUAAUUAAUAAUGCAAUUAUUAAUAAUGCACUGUACAUAGGCGACCUAUCAGCUUCCUUUCAAAAGGAAUAUCUUCUUUGAUUUUGAUGCCCGUUCACCAUUAUUUUUCAUUUCUUCUUAAUGGAACAUGGAGCAGUUGUAGGCAUUUUGUGCAUAUCGGGUUUUCCACCCUAAAAAAGUGGCUCCAAUCACCCACUCAAUUCCUAGUUAUGAGAACUGAAGUAAAAAAUCCAGAAUGUCAUUCUUAACUGUCACACCAUGGUGACGACACGUCGAUGACAUUCCCAUAGGUGGCAGUGGAUGGUGAUUUUUGGAUAUCUGGUGCCACUUUUUUUUUUUUUUUGAAAGCAAAAUGCCUGAAAUUGCUCCAUUUCCGGCAAUAACUCUCUUCAAGGCUUAAAUCAAACUUGUUAUUUUGCUUGAGUUUUUAUUGAUAUGAUUUUAGAUUAAAUUGUGAUCAAGUAAGGGGUUUGCUCUGCAUUGGGAAGAAUACAUGCAUUUCAGUCAUUGCAUUUUAAUAAUUGUAACCCAAUGGUAUUUUUUAUGGCGGUGCUGUAGAUUCUACAGCAGGUGAAGGGGUAAACCUUGUCAUUUGAGCAGGUAUUAGGGAUUUUAAAGAUUUCAUUUCUACCUAGAACUGAGCCAGUAGGGUCAUGUAGAGAGGUCCUCUCUGCUGGAUUGAGCUGGACCUUGUGCCUCAUGCAUCGAAGUAGGCGCAUCAUGAAAAGUGUCCCAUGGCUAUAAAUCAAAAGAGCUUUGUGUAUGGUGUUUUACUAGGCACAAUUUAGUUACCAUUACUUUAUAAUGAAGCUUUAGGUCAGAAUGAUUGGUAACACAGAGGGAACUAAGACACUUGAGACCAGACAGCAGAAAGACAAUGGCUGCUUUUGGCAAGGCACAAUGAUCAAUAACAAUAUCAUAGAAGCUUGGGCAAAUAAAGUAAAUAUGCAUUCAACUCUUAAUAUUUCCGUUGCACAAAUCAUUGUAAAAAAAAUGAAGGAAUAGAUCAAGUGGUCUAAAAUAACUGGAUAUUUGCACAAUGUUUGCCUUGCUCUAGGACAGAAUAGAGUUAUCACCUUGCCUUGUGCCCAACUCUCCAUUGCAUUUGUCAUAUUAACAGCAACCAUGAUGCCUUCAGCUGUCUUCUUAUCUUUGGUGCCUGACAAUUGAGAAUCUUGUCAGCAGCAACUCACAGAAUAGGAAGACUUAGACACACUGCCUUGUGGCCAGUUAUAGAUCCUUAUAUGCAAACGAAAGUGCCUUGUGUUGGAGGUAUAGCCCGCUAUGUGCGCUCUGUAGCUGUGACAAGACACAUAGCAGUCCCCCAAAAACAGGGUCAUGCUACCAAUUGUCUUCCACUAGGCCUUACUCCAGUAAACAAAGUGAAGGGCUUCUCUCCUGUGUUGUGUUUAGCCAAAGAUCUACUGGAAUAUAUGACCUAUCUACUGAAAUAACGUUGAUUUAUGGAUUAAGAGAUUUUGACAGCUUGACCAUUUUUGUUUGAAACUCAUUCAAACAUUGUGUAGGCAGGUUGUGACCUUUCAGAUGUUGGUCUAGAACCUCCAACAGCCUAUACAAUGCCGUUAGCUGUUGGUGUAAGAGUGUAGCUCAGAAAACCUUGAAAGGUCACAUGUUCUUUAUCUCUGAUAUAAAAGUAUAAGACAUUGUUUGUGUUGCACCAGGGUUUUUUCCAGUGAGUUUAGAGCCAAAGUCUAUGUCAAGCAGUCCUGUAAUACAAUUAAUUAUCAUUAAUAUCACUGCAGGUCAGUUAAAAUUAUUUCAUGGCAAUGCAGGUUCUGCAACUCCUCAGCCUUAGACCAGAUUAAGAAGGGACGGGUGUGUGUCUGGACAUUCACAACCUGUAUCACUACUAGGAAGCCAUCACUGCUUUAUAUGGUCUUGUUUAUAUCUUAGUUUGGUGGUCAUUUUUCUUUAGGCCUUUUGUAAUUGGAUAAUAAACAAUAGGAGGCCUAUUGGAGGUGAUUAUGCCUACCAGUGAGACAAUAGUAGACAAGGUCUGAGCCAGUAACAUUGUAGAAACAUGGGGGUAAUAAAUGGGGAAAAAAUGUUUUUUUUGCUUAUUUUUCAUUUCAUGUCCAAACUGUUUUUGGGAGAUCUAAAUGCACAAUUGGAAGGCCCCAUGUAAAAAUCAGUGAAUAUAUUUCCUUAAUGCCUGGCUUAUAGUUAUUAAUACUGUGACAAGUGAUGUCUUAUGUCAUUUUUUUCUGUAACUGCCACCUAAUUCCUUACUGUGACUGGUUUAGGAGGGGUUAUAGUCAACACCUUUUCCUGUUUGAUGCUGGGCCGACCCUUAUCUACAUAUAAUGUCAGUAUAUUUAUGAUAUCUCCAUUGAUUUAUACUGUAUGAGGUACAUGCUGGUAAUAGAUGCUUUUAAUAGAUAAAAUAUGUUUGGUUUUUCUCUUUGCUGGAGUUUUGAUCAUGCUUGAACUUUUGUACCAGAGUUUAACAUGGGGGUGCAGCUUUACUGAGCACGGGCAAUGCAACAACGCUGGAUCUUUUUGCAAAUGAGCCAAAUAAAAUCAUCUAAGACUGA